CUGGAGCUUGGCGCCAAGCUGAUGUGCCGUUGGCGCGGCGAGGAGUACAAGUCGUGCGAGAUCAUUGAGCGGAAGCAAAAGUCGCUCCCAGACGGCACGACCGACCCAAGCGGCGAGUGGGAAUACUAUGUGCACUACGAGGGCCUCAACCGGCGGCUGGACGAGUGGGUUGGGCUGGAGCGGUUCGACCUGGGCUCCGUCAAUGACGACGGCAAGGUCACGCGCAACUCGACCAACAAGCGCAAGCACGAGCACGAGGCGCUGACCGCGGCCGGGCGAGGGCAGGGCGAUGGCUGGCGUGCGAGCGGGCGGUGCGUGUCUGACGCGGCUGCCCGUGUGCGCGUGUGCGCGUGUCAGGAGCACGAGGAGGAGGGCGAGCUCGACCUCGCCACCCUCAAGGAGCACGAGGAGGCGACAAAGGUCAAAAACAUCUCGCGGAUCGUGAUGGGCAAGUGGAAGAUGGAGACGUGGUACUUCUCGCCCUUCCCGAAGGAGUACUCCAAGAGCGAGAUGCUCUACAUCUGCGAACACACACACACACACACCGCCCUGCCCACCACGCCCCUCCCGCGCCCCCGGCCCGCCUUCCCCGACCCCUUUCCCCGACCCCUUUCCCCGAACCCUUUCCCCUCCCCCCCCCUCCCCCCGGGGGGCGUGCAGGUUGACCCGCAGUACCAGCGUGCCUACUGCGAGAACCUCUGCCUGCUCGCAAAGCUCUUCCUCGACCACAAGACCCUCUACUACGACGUCGAGCCCUUCCUCUUCUACAUCAUCACCGAGGCCGCCCGACCGACACCAAUCCCCGCCCCUCUGCCCGUCGACUCGGACGGCGCCCACAUGGUCGGCUACUUUUCAAAGGAGAAGGUGCCCUCGCUCGCCGAGGGCGGAGGCGAGUACAACCUUGCCUGUAUCCUCACCCUCCCCUGCUACCAGCGGCGCGGCUACGGCAAGCUGAUGAUCGCCUUCUCGUACGAGCUCUCGCGCCGCGAGAGCAAGAUGGGCACGCCCGAGCGGCCCAUCUCUGACCUCGGCCUGGUCUCGUACCGCUCCUACUGGGUGUACGCGCUGCUCGAGAUCCUGCACAAGCACCGCGGCUCCAUCUCGGUGCAGGAGCUGUCCGAGCGGACCGCCUUCCGCACCGAUGACAUCGUCAAGACGCUGCAGGCCUUCAACCUGAUCCGCUACUUUGGAGGGCAGCACUCGAUCCUCGUCACGCCGAAGACGCUCGAGCAGCACUACACUAACGCAAAGCCAAACUGGAUCAUCGACUCGACCAAGUUGAGGUGGACGCCCUAUCACGAGCGACCAAAGAGGUGACCGGGGCCUAGCGUAGGGCUAGGCCUAGGGGAGAGAGGGCGCAGGUGUGCGAGUUUUUUCUUCGUUAGACGAA